AUGCAGAUCCUCACAGAUCCUCUGUCAGGCAGCUUCAACCUCUACAAGAUUGAUGCUACGAUCACUCAUCGAAAUAUAUAUGCUUCGUUAAAGCUAGACUUGCCAAGAACAACGAGAUCGUCAAGCGCAAGCUGUGAAGGUUCCAAGCGGCAGUUAGAACAAGAAGAGCAGGAGAGACCAAGGAUGAAGACGGAUGGGGAGGCCAGCUGGAUUCGGAAAGCACGGACGUCAGGCAUGUACAGUCAUGUUGUAGCAGUUUAUACGACAAAUCUCCAAGCCAUGAUCGAGCAUCGUCAAUAUCUGAGAGAAUACCAAGUCGAAACACUGCAGGCCGGACAAUUCGACACUGUACAAAUACGUUCGAACUUUUUAUCCCAUGUGAAACAUUUAGCCCUGGAUAUGUGCCUCGUGCCGCCUGGUGUAAUUCUGGUGAUGAAGAAUUUGAGUGAAAGAUUGGACGCAAGCACCAUCUGUCUUCACACCACAUAG